UCUAUCAUGGGACAAAUGGGACACAAUGAGUGUCAAUUAUCAAUAUACCCUUAAGAUCUCAACCAUUAGAUCAGAUUCUUCACGUUUUAAUGUGAGCCAUCGAUUUUUGAGGGAUGAAAUAUUCACAAAAAUGCCAUUAAUGAAGCUCACAUUUUGGCCGUCGGAUCUAUUGUCUUUGUUUUAAUCUUGACCUUUGAAUUUUACACAUUAAUUCCCAUUAAUUCUUCUUCUUCUUCUUCACUUCUCCUACAACCAUAACAUCACGAAAAUUUAUUCUCCUCACCAACCAAAGCUUUCUUCUUCAACUCUUCAUCCACAAACCUUCACCUCUGUUUCUUGGGGUCUUUCUACAGGUUAGGACGCCGUGAAACAGGUUAUGUACGUCGUCCUUAGUUCUGAAAUCGGUUGAAACUAUGGAUAGCAAUGGGUCUGUGGUGAUAUAUUUUGAACAUGGUGAAGAGCAACAUAUUUCUACACUAGUGAUGAAAGGAAGAUAUGAGGAGAUUACUUAUUCUGAGUUGGUUGAUAGAAUAGCCAAGAAAAUGAAGAUCAAUGUAGUUGUGACGAAGCUUCAAUUGAGUUACUUUCCGCUGGCAAUGAAUAAUAAGAGGCCUUGCUAUAUCUUGGAUGAUGAAGAUGUUUUAGGAUAUUUAAUGAAGGUAGAUAAGAAAAACCGACGUAGUGUCUUGCAUGUGGAGCUUAAGGAAAUCGUCUCAGAAAAUCAGAGUAACGAGAUGUUUUCUAUGAAUGAGGAAAAUCUGAAUGAUGCCAGAGCUAAUGAUGACAUGGCUGGAGUUGGUGAGUUGGAAAUUGUUCCACAUAUUCUCCCUCAUGUUCAGGAGGAUGAGUUAGAGCAUGAGAAAAUCAAUGAAGAGGGUGAUGAAAUGGAUGAUAGGGAGGAGUUGCCGGCAGUUACAGCAGUUGAACCUCCUGUUGUCAAUUCAGAGUGGGAUGAUGGCAUUGAUAUGAGUUUGCAUCAAGAAUUUGCGACUAGAGAAGAAGUGAGGGAUUUAGUGGACAAAGGUGUGCAUUCUAAUUGUUUUGAGGUUGAUAUAAUGAAGUCGAAUCCUCGGGUUUACAUAUUGAAAUGUCGUGGGGCUGGAUGCAGAUGGUAUUUACGAGCUGCAAAGCUGAAGAACUCUGCUUUUUUCUCUAUCAGAACUUAUAGAAAGAUGCAUACAUGCUCGCGUGGAGAUGCAAGUGUCAUGAAGAAGAAGAAAAGAGGUACACCAGGCUUGGUCGCAUCAGUGGUGCACAAUGAUUAUCCUGGCAAAUACAAGACUCCGGAUCCAAAGACUCUCAUAGAUUUGGUGAAGAACAGACUGGGUGUUGUGGUUUCAUAUUCUACGGCUUUGAGAGGUAAAAAUAAAGCUUUGAGUGAUUUGCGUGGUAACCCGGAGGAGAGUUUUGCUAGGCUGCCAUCUUACUUGUACAUGUUACAAAGGAUGAAUCCUGAUACCAUUACACGAUUAGAAGUGGAUGAGAAGAACCAGUUUAAGUAUAUGUUCUUUGCGCUCGGAGCUUGCAUCGAAGGGUUCAAAGCGAUGAGGCAAGUGAUAAUAAUGGAUGGAACUCACCUGAAGGGUGUGUACAAAGGAGUGCUUCUCAUUGCCACUGCUCAGGAUCCAGAUCAUCAUCAUUAUCCCCUCGCUUUUGCAGUAGUAGAUGGUGAGAAAAAUGCGAGCUGGGAGUGGUUUUUAACCAUAUUAAAAACUUUGAUACCAGAUGAUCCUCGGCUUGUGUUUUGUACUGAUAGAAACCAGAGCAUCAUCAAGAAAGUACACGAAGUGUACCCGUUGGCGAUCCAUGGAUAUUGCAAUUAUCACUUAUCUAAUAAUGUCAGCGGAGCAUGCAGCAAUGUUAACAAGAAAGGGGUUGCCAGUAAAUUUCGCCAAAUUGCUGGUAUAUACAACGAGGUGGAGUUCCGAAAAUGCUACAAUGAUUUCAGGAGAACGUAUCCUCAAGCGGCCGCAUAUCUUGAUGACAGUGUUCAUGAGACCAAAUGGGCAAGAUGUAAAUUUCCGGGAGAAAGGUACAACAUAGACACAACCAACACUGUUGAAUCUAUCAAUGGUGUUUUGAAGGAACCAAGGAAAUAUGCACUUUCCAAAAACACAACAUAG